CGGCUUCCCCGCGCUCUCUCGCCGACCACCGCGAUGCUCAAGCCUCCCGCGCCGCCGUCCACGCUACACACACCGGGAUGGCAGCAUUACUCCGUCGCGUUCUCGCCCUUUCACACCAACCGCCUCGCAGUCGCGUCGUCUGCUAAUUACGGCCUCGUGGGGAACGGCCGACUACACCUCGUUUCGCUCGGACCCGGUCCUAGCGCCUUGCCCGGCCUCGCUUUGGAUAAGUCCUACGAUACACAGGACGGCCUGUACGAUGUGGCCUGGUCAGAGGUCCACGAAAACCAGCUGGUCACGGCGUCAGGCGAUGGCUCUAUCAGACUAUGGGACAUCAUGCUCAAAGACCUGCCCAUUCGCGCGUGGCAGGAGCACACACGCGAAGCGUUCUCCGUCGACUGGUCGAACGUCCAGAAGGACAAGUUCGUGUCCUCCUCGUGGGACGGCACCGUGAAACUAUGGUCCCCCGAGCGCCCGCACUCCCUGACGACCCUACACGCGCACCAGAUGUGCGUCUACCAGGCGCUCUUCUCGCCGCACCAGCCCGACCUCAUCGCAACCUGCUCGACGGACGGGAGCGUGAAGCUCUUCGAUCUGCGUGCACCCGCGUACGCCGGCGGCUCGAACGCGUUCACCCGGCCCACGUCCGCUGCGGCGCUCACCGUGCCCGCCUCCGGCACAGAGGUGCUCUCCAUCGACUGGAACAAGUACCGCCCGUUCGUGCUCGCCAGUGCGGGCGUCGACAAAACGAUCAAGGUGUGGGACUGCCGCAUGGUCAAGCUUGGCGGCAGCCAGGAGCAGGUCGGCGGAGUGUGUGAGCUGCCGCUUGUUGGCCAUGAAUACGCAGUGCGGAAGGUGAAAUGGAGCCCACAUCGCCCGGAUGUGCUCGCGAGUUCGAGCUACGAUAUGACAUGCAGAGUGUGGUCGACGACGCCCUUACCCUCCGGAGGUCAUAUGCUAUACAUCAAUGACGCGCAUACAGAAUUCGUUGUCGGCUGCGAAUGGUCGCUGUACGACGAGGGCCUACUGGCAAGUUGCGGAUGGGAUUGCAAACUCAAUAUGUUCCGUGUAUGAUAGCGUGGUGAGACGAUAAUGAUUGUAGCAAUAUGUCCGUGAAGCGUCUACUUAUGACUGAAAAAUGGGUGGCCCUCAGAACGUCGUGCUGACAGUUUGCUGACAGAUACGAGGAGUGUCACUACAAGCUCAGUUCGAACCGUUACCGACGCAUUGCGACUGCUACCACUGGUCCUAGGUCAGUGGCGUCAGCCCUACAGCGCUGAUUCAGAUCAGUGAAACCUCUCUCUU